UCACGAGAAUAAAUGGGGAACCAAAAUUUCCUUCUUAAAUUAGGUGAUUUGAGUGCUUCGUAUAUAUGUAAGGUAAUAGAAUUUGGUGAUUGUGCGAGUUUUGUGAACUUCGGUCUUUGGCAUUUACUGAGAAUUUAAACAAGCGGGGAGGAGGAGGGAGUAACGCAAGGAAAAGUGCAAAAAAAGGAGGGGCGGGGCCGAAGACAAAGGUGUCGAAGGGCUGCGGCGACGACGGCGUUUGUUGGAAGUCGUUAAGACUUGUGAUUGAUUGUUAUGGCGACAAGAGGAUUGGUGGUGUAUUUGUUGACGGGGUUUUCGGUGGCUGUUCUUUCUGUGUUGUUCGUUUAUAAUAACGGCCAUUCAAAUGCUAGUGUUGCGCUUUCGCCACCGUCUUCUCUUUUAUCGUCUUCUUCGAACUCCGCCAAUGUUUUGCAACAACAUCCAUACGGAUCUGAAUCAAAAGUUUGGCCUGAGUUGAAGUUUAGUUGGAGAAUCAUAUUGGCAACAAUAAUAGGAUUCCUGGGAUCAGCAUGUGGAACUGUGGGAGGUGUCGGUGGGGGAGGCAUUUUCGUCCCCAUGCUUACUCUCAUUGUGGGUUUUGAUACUAAGUCUGCUGCUGCCAUUUCUAAGUGUAUGAUAAUGGGGGCAUCAGCAUCAUCAGUUUGGUACAAUCUCAGAGUUCCUCAUCCAUGCAGAGAAGUUCCGAUUAUUGACUAUGAGCUGGCCCUACUAUUUCAGCCCAUGCUUAUGCUUGGCAUCACCAUUGGAGUGGCUCUAAGUGUCGUCUUCCCGUACUGGCUCAUCACCGUACUGAUCAUCAUUCUCUUCAUAGGUACUUCCACGAGGUCUUUCGUCAAGGGAAUUGAGAUGUGGAAGGAAGAGAGCAUCGUGAAGAAGGAAAUUGCAGAACAAGAAAAGACUCUCGUUAAUUCUCAUGGGGAGCUCUUGAUCGAUACGGAAUAUGACCCACUAGUCCCUCGAGAGGAAAAAACAGCGCUGCAAAUUAUGCGGUCCAACCUUAAUUUGAAGAGAUUUGGGGUGCUGCUAUUAGUAUGGAUCAUCUUUUUAGUUCUUCAGGUUUCCAAGAAUGAUUUAGUUGCCUGUACUACAUUGUACUGGGUGCUUAACAUCGUACAGGUCCCGGUUGCUCUUGUAGUGUUUGGAUACGAAUGUGUUAAACUGUACAGAGAAAGCAAGAAAAGGAGACUGGAAGGGAACAAGGAUUUAGUAUGUGAAGCAGCCAUUCAGUGGACUGGAACAAACCUUGCAUUCUGUGCCCUCUGUGGCAUUUUAGGAGGCACUGUUGGAGGGUUGUUGGGGUCUGGUGGUGGAUUCAUUUUGGGGCCUCUCCUCCUUGAGAUUGGUGUCAUUCCUCAGGUAGCCAGUGCGACAGCGACAUUUGUGAUGAUGUUCUCAUCAUCUUUAUCCGUCGUGGAGUUUUAUCUCCUCAAGAGGUUUCCUAUUCCCUAUGCUUUAUACCUGAUGACUGUGUCUAUCGUGGCUGGAUUCUGGGGACAAUUCUUCAUAAGAAGACUCAUCACCAUUCUGAGGAGAGCUUCAAUAAUUGUUUUCAUUCUCUCUGGUGUAAUUUUCGCCAGUGCUAUCACAAUGGGCGUGAUAGGAAUAGAGAGGAGCGUCACGAUGAUAAAGAAUCACGAAUUCAUGGGAUUUCUAGAUUUCUGUAGCAGCCAGUAGUCCCACCGCCCUGUGGCAGAAAGAAGGCGGUGAAAAUAGUAGGUGUCUAAGAAGAUUAAGGUACGCAAAGAAUAAAUAAAGGCUGCAGCAGGAACAGGAUUGAGCUUUGAACAGCAACAACAGCUGCAGAAAUGGGCGUUGGCCAAUGCCUAAUUGACCAUCCCCUGAGAUCGUCUGAGUUUUGAUGUCUGGGGUUCCGAGUGAGUGUUAGCCAGCGCUAACCACCCCCACCCCCUACCUUCCAUUUUUUUCCAUUUGUUUCCGUGUCCGUGGUUUCCAUUUGUUUCCAUCUUUAUCAGUUCAAUUGGCUUGUUUAAUUUUGAGUGAUGGUGUUUUACA